AUUGGGCCUUCACGAGAGUCCCAAAAUUACUCCGCAAAUAAGGCACGGCGGCAACCAACGGUGGCUCAAAGCUUCAAAGAACGACCGAUUGACAUCCAGUGCCGCCAGCUGCAAUAACAGAGCAAGAAAAAUGAGUGAUGAAGCUCACAUUUGUCAAAGCCAUAAACGCCAUAGCCGAAAGCACUGCACAACGACGACGACAACUCCUUGAGCUCAACCAAUUGCUCGCCCAGCUCAAUCGCUCAAACCGCUACUUCGAUUCCCUUCGCCUGUUCACCCAAAUUCACUCAUUCCAAUCCCCGAAACCAGACCACUACACCCUCUCCACCGCUCUCACCGCCUGCGCUAUUCUUCGGGAAACGUUAUUUGGGAACCAACUCCACGCCCAUGCUAUAUUAACGGGCCUCAGAGCCUACCCUCAUGUGGGAAACACUCUGCUUUCUCUUUAUGUCAAAGCAGCGGAUUUGGACUCGGUGAGACGGGCUUUUGCAGAUAUCGAGAGCCCGGAUGUUUAUUCGUGGACGACGCUCGUGUCGGCGUAUGCUAAGCUGGGGCACAUGGAGGAUGCUUGGGAGGUGUUCGGUAGAAUGCCGGGUAGUGAUGUGGCGGUUUGGAAUGCAAUGAUUACAGGGUGUGCUGAGAAUGGGCACGUGGAGGUUGCUGUCGGGUUGUUUUGUGAAAUGCACAGGGUGGGUGUUAGGCAUGACAAUUACACUUUUGGUAGUCUUUUGAGUGUGUGUUCUACGGAGGAAUUGGAUUUAGGAAGGCAGGUGCAUUCACUGGUGAUAAAAACUGGGUAUUUGGUUAGGGCUUCUGUGGUCAAUGCUCUGGUUACGAUGUACUUUAAUUGUGGACUUGUUGUCAAUGCUUAUGAGGUAUUUGAAGAAGCGGAAGCUGGCGUAUAUGAUCAGAUUACUUUUAAUGUGAUGAUAGAUGGUUUGGGAAGAGCGGGAAGAGACAAAGAGGCCUUAGAGGUGUUCAAAGAGAUGCAAGAGGCUUGUCUCAGACCCACUGAACUUACUUUUGUGAGUGUGAUGAGCUCGUGUUCAUCUGCAAGAGUUGGGCAUCAAGUACAUGGCCAUACUGUUAAGAUGGGUUUUGAAGCAUUUACGUCUGUAAGCAAUGCAACGAUAACCAUGUAUUCCAGUUUUGGGGAUUUGCAUGCUGCUCACAUGAUUUUUGAGAGACUACAGGAAAAGGAUCUUGUCUCAUGGAACACCGUUAUUUCGAGCUACGCUCAAGGGAAUUUUGGUAGAUCAGCAAUCUUGGCCUACCAGCAAAUGCGACAGGCAGGAACUGAGCCUGACGAGUUUACUUUUGGAAGUUUAUUGGCCAGCUCGGAGUGCUUAGACAUUGUGGAGAUGAUCCAUGCCCUUGCAUCUAAAAAUGGGCUCAUGUUGCAAAUCCAAGUCCCAAAUGCAUUAGUUUCUGGAUACUUCAAGCAUGGAAAGGUAAAGCAGGCUUAUCAAAUUUUCCACGACACCUACCCCCGAAAUUUGAUCUCUUGGAAUGGCAUUAUUGCAGGGUCCAUGUUAAAUGGAUGCCCGAUACAGGGUUUGGAGCAAUUCUCUGAAUUGGUGAAAACGGAACUUAGGCCAGAUGUAUAUACCUUCAGUCUUAUUUUGAGCAUUUGUGCUAACAUUUCAUCCUUGCAACAUGGGAGACAGGUUCAUGGUUACAUUCUUAGAUUCAGAUUGUUUUCAGAGACAUCUUUAGGUAAUGCACUAGUGACAAUGUAUGCAAAAUGUGGGGCUUUAGAUCGGUCUCUGCUUGUGUUCAAUGCAAUGGUUGAAAAAGAUACAGUUUCCUGGAAUGCCCUAAUAUCUGCUUAUGCACAGCAUGGGCAAGGAAAAGACGCUGUGAACUGUUUUGAGGCAAUGCAAGACUCAUUUGGGGUCAAACCAGAUCAGGCCACCUUCACUGCAGUUCUUUCUGCCUGCAGCCAUGCAGGUUUAGUUGAUGAUGGCACUCGGAUUUUCAACUCCAUGGUGAAAAAUUAUGGGUUGAUUCCUGGAGUGGAUCAUUUUUCCUGCAUUGUUGAUCUUCUAGGUCGCGGUGGGUAUCUUGAUGAUGUGCAAAGAAUAAUAAAGAUUAAACAUGUAGAAACUGAACAUUCCAAUAUCUGGUGGACGUUGUUCAGUGCUUGUGCAGCUCAUGGUAAUAUAAAGCUAGGAAGAAUAGUCGCUGGAUUUCUUCUUGAUACGGAUCGUAGUAAUCCAUCAAUUUAUGUGCUUUUGUCAAACAUAUAUGCAGCCGCGGGUCAAUGGGAGGAAUCAGCUAAUAUUAGGGAACUGAUGAGGAGGAGUGGAGUUAUGAAGCAACCUGGCUACAGUUGGAUUGGGUCAUAAACCUUAGAAGUUGGAGAGAUCCAUGUUCAGCUAGAACAUUUCUCCACAGUAAGGUGGCAAUUUCUUGAUUUGAUUUGGUUAAUGCAUCUACCACCAUUACACAUACUAAUUCUCCAUUUUUAGUUCAGCAAGGCUGUAUAGGUUCUACUAUUAACUUUAUUGAAGGUCAGGGGCCACAUUCCUUCAAGUCGAAGUCCUCCUGCAGAGUUGCUUUCUAGAAAGAGGAGGGAUUCACCAAUGGUCAUUGAUGGAAUUGUUAUUCUUAUAUCCCCCUCCUGCCCAUUUUGAUAUAAUCGUGGUUAAUCAAAGCCCCCAUGAUUUGUUAAGGAAGGAAGCUUAGUAUCUUGGAAAAAGCUUCCAAGAAAUGGAUGUGAUCUCACUUGGUAACAAACUUGAGAAGCGACCUGGAGUUAGGAUUUUUCCCCUCCUAUUUA